GUGUUGGUGACACUUCCCCUGGCUGUAUUACAAGAUGACGAUGUGGAGUUUGUCCCCACCCUGCCAGACUGGAAGUCAAAGGCCAUGAGGUCAUUAGGGGUCGGGAAGAUAGAAAAGGUCAUAUUGAGAUUCCCCAGACCCUUCUGGAGGAAUAAGAUUAAAGACUGUAAAGUGUUUGGACAUAUUCCUAAUGAGCUGGAGAAUAGGGGAUACUUCAAUGUGUUCUAUGAUUUCUCUGUGGAGAAGGUGGAGAAGAUGUAUAUUUUGGUGACCCAUCUAACAGGAAAUGCCCUCAUUCUACGGGAAAGGUUAGACAGGGAUAUAGUGGCUGCCUGUAUGGAGGUCCUCAAACUUAUGUUCCCAGAGGAGACAGUCCCAAAGCCACUGGAUUAUUUUGUUACAAAAUGGACUAAAGAGCUGUUCUCCAAGAUGUCCUAUAGUUACAUACCCAUAGGAGUGGAUGGGGAUGCCUAUGAUAUCAUGUCACAGGACGUGGCGUCCAAAAUCUACUUCGCUGGAGAGGCUACAAAUCGUCAGUUUCCCCAGUAUGUUACGGGAGCGUACAUUAGUGGAAUACGAGAGGCACACAAAAUCUUCUCCACGCUCGUAGAAGACGACACGUGAAACUGACAACAUGGACUAGAUCAUGUUUUAACGAAAGUUACUUAAGUUCCUAAAUGGCAGUGAAAUUGACAGUCUCCAUUGACAAUUGACGGUCAGCAAAGGUUCGUAAUAUGUACUACCUCAGCACUUGCCAAGAGUGAAUGUUGAUGGACUUGGGAAGAUAAAUACAAACCUUAACUUGAUAAAAGACUUUCAUAUGAGAGAAAUAAUACAAGAUGACCCUUUUCAUCUUCUUGUAAUUGUCAUCCAAAAAAAACAAACACACAAAAACAGCAACAUGCUCUUUUGUAAAAAUUUAAAUGCUAAGGUUUGAUGUCUGUGAAAUAAUUUUGUAUUUAACAUUUUUAUGGAGAAAAUCUUCACCAUUUGUUCAUGUACUCUUAUGUAUAAAAAUUUUAGGUGUCAUUGAUCAUUAAUCAACAAUUGCAAAUGACAAACAAAAAAGGUCUGAAUAAUCAGUUCAUUUAUGACAGAUUUUCUUAUGUUUCAUUUACAUGUAAAUAACUCAUCAUUCAGUUGUCAUCUCUCAUUUUGUAUUAUUGAACAUACAUGUAUCUCUCAAAUAUCCAUAACUUGUUGUACAAAUUGCAUAUAGUAUUUUAAAAUACAUGUAUAUCAAUGUAGUUACAAAGUCUUCAUAUCAGCAUCUGUUCUA